CCCCGUAUUUCAUGUGGAUGUACGCCCUGUGUAGCGCGCUACUAGCCGUGGGGUCUUCUAUACUGGUCAUGUCCACUCGGGUCAUCCAUAUCGCCGUAUACUGCACCAUUCAUGGCGCAGUGGACGGCCUCCUGAUGACCACAAUAUACCCGACACUCCAAUUACUGACCACAAAUGUCAAGGCUAAACAGUUACUCUGGUCGCUGACCCUGUUCGUCAUUGGGGUGGGACAAGUAGUCGGUCUGCCGAUGGCUGGUCUUAUCUAUGACGAGACACGGUCAUAUAGUCUUGUGUUUUACAUCGCCUCUGGAGUUUUCGGAACAGCUGCUUUCGCCUUUCUGGUAAUCUGUAUCAAAAACGCCAGCCGAGAUGUGGAAUCACAGGAAGUGACAUCAAGAAAAGCGGGAAUCAUGGGAGAUGUGCAAAAACAGGGCACCGGAUAUAAGUCAUUGGGAGACACUCGAGAGUUGUCUAAGGACGGAUCUGAUUCACGCGAGUCCGGAUCGGCUGAAACGCAGGACGGCAAAUCUGGAGCAGGAAUAACUCGUCGAUUCAGAGAAGGUUCUGGUGAUUCUGGAGACUACGUGUCAGCUGAUUUGGACCCGCUGGACGCUAAAUCUGUAGCGGUGUCAACCACCAGGGGAACAGCCAGCGACAUCCAUCAAACAACUUUAAAAGAAGACAAAUAAUUGAAUAGAUAAAUGUAUUCCUGAUAUGUCUUCUCAAAACCGACAACUUUAAUGACUGCAAAAGCCUAACAAUACUUCUAAGCGAUUUCGCAGUUUGUUAACAAACACUUAUCUGAUAUAAAAAUGGUUUAUUAUUCGUAUACGUGUGGGUACUACGUUGUUUUUGCUGAAAACUUCUACUGAAUGAAAUAAAGCGCUGUGAUGUAUAUAUUA